GUUCAAAUCGAUACGGGGGAAUGGGAUGCAUAUUUCUUAUGUAAAGAAAAUAAGAUACAUCUGUACUUGUAAUUAGAUCCCCAACUACACGCGGUUCUGCCUAUUACGGUGAAGGGAAGGGGAAAAUACUGUUGGAUGACCUCAGUUGUAGUGGUGAUGAGAAACAAAUAUGGGAUUGUAUGAAGCUACGCUGGUUUUCUAACAACUGUGUACAUGGUGAAGAUGUCGGUGUGGAUUGCUUUUACUCGUCAUCUAAUUCGAAUCCUGCUUUUUAUGCUGAAGCGUCGUCAUCUUACCCAAUAUCAAGCAUUAGCGCCAACCAAACUUUGAUAUUCAGAAGAGUUAUCUACAAUGAGGGAGGACAUUAUAACUCGGGCUCUGGAAAAUUCACUGCCGCAAUUCCAGGAACAUACGUCUUUCAUCUUGGUUUGAAACCUAGUGGAAAUGUUCCAGUCAAGGCUCAUAUUAUGAGAUACACAAAUGAUAGACUAGCUGUUGUGGACUCUGAUGAUGGACAUGGAUAUGUUCAUUUCGCUAGUAAUAUGGCGAUACUUAAACUUUCAAAGAACCAGAUAGUAUUUGUUCAAGUGGAUAACCCCCAGUCCAGUGGUGCAACACUUAACAAUGAAUUGAAUUUUUUCUCUGGAUUUUUAUUGCACAGAGACUUGUGAUAAUCCCGAAACAUUAAAGACCACCAUUGCAAAAUGUCUAAGUAAUGAAAUGAAAUAAAAUCCCACAUAGGGUAAAUUUUUUUUUAGAAAUCAACGGCAAGUCUUGUGGAUUUUUGUUCGUAUAAAUAAUAUGAAAUAAUGUUUAACAGAGUCGACGCAGAGAAUUUGAAAAUGACAUAAAGUCUCAAAUUUGAACACAAAAGAAGACUAACAUUUUGUUUUUAUGUAAGGAAAUUAUUUUUUGUGUUAUUUCCAUAUAAUUUAAUUCUGUUUGUAUUCUUGUCUCUCAUUGGUUGAUUUCCAAAAAGGAACGCAUAACAUUUUGUAUAAUCUGGUUUGGUAUGGGGACACACCCCCUUGACAACCAGCUGAAUCAUCUGUAUCCAUCAAUCCCCUCAUUUCCAGUCCUUCGGAUUCAUGAAAAAUUCCAGAUUUAAUGAAUGUACCUUUAACUUCAAACAGUUGCUCGAUCUUACCUCAUGUAAACAAGCAUCAUGGCUGCUAGAUCUAUGUAUCAGUUUUUACCUCCCCUUGCUUCCCAUCACUUCCGUUACUACGGUUGUAUUAUUGCGCGGUAAAUUUGAACUAAUAAAAACAACACAAUUUUACAUCCCCAGUUGUUUAAUUAUUUUAAAAUUAAAUUAUAAGGAAUGACUCUAAUUCUUGGCCAGAUUAUCGAGUAUAAUAUGGUUUGGGUCA